UUGACGCGCUUCUGGAUGUGUUGCAUCUCCCUGGUGCCAGAGAUCUUCGGGGACACCGUGCAUCCGGCCCGCCCGCGCUGCUGCAGACGCCGCAGGUGGUCCGGGCUGGCAGGGGACCGUCAGGAAUGGCCGGCGAUGGCGUCCAGGUGGCCCGCAAUCUCGCCGUACGAGCCACCUUCGGCGGCGUGCGCAUGGGCCAUGGAUCAUCUAAACGACGCGCGUUCGCGCCGACGUGGGCUUGUCCACCGAGACCCCUCAAUGCGACGCAGACAGGGGCUGCGUGCUCGUGGCGGAGAUGGACGGGGGCAGCACGCACUUGUUCUGCUGCAAGCGCCCGCUCGGCGACGCGCUGGCCACAAUAGCAAACACAAACGCACUCACAUGCACAGACACACGCACUCACACGCACACACACAACACACACAACACACACACACACAACACACACACACACCAACAUUUGUUUGGCCUCGCGACCACGCGCGCGGCGUCGCGGCGAGACAAGGUCGGUGCGAUGCGCGCACCGGCACAGUUCACACGCACACACAGGGCUGACACGCGUCCCAAGGAUCAUCGAAAGGGGGUGGUGCGAGUGAGGCGGCAUUCUGUGGAGCAAUCAUAUGCACCGUGGUCCAUGCAUAGCAUAGCAAGACCUGAGAAUACAUAGCAAUGCAACCGAGCAGGAUGGACCACACCCAAUGCCAGGGCUGGUGGGGAUACGCGAAGCGUCAAGAAUUCCUCGCCCCCCCAUUUCGGCCUUCGAGAUGAAUCGGGGUGUGGGGCAGGGGCGUGAUUCGAUCGAUGGCAUGUGGAAUCGCUCAACGUCGGGACUCACUGACCCGUGUCAGUGCAAACCUGGGUCAGUCAGGCUUUGCAGGAUCCUGCAAACUCCUGCACCCAAGCCUGGGUCACUGCACCUCUGGCCCUGCAGGAUCCUGCAAGAUUGGGCGCUCUGGCUGACACCCGUUUGCAGUGACCCCCGUCUCUUGAACCCCGACAAGCUCGCCGUCGCUCGGACGUUCAUUCCAUGUGCAUUCUUCGGUUUCGUGCGUGUUUCUGGUUGGCCCGAUGGUCGAGGAUGCUCCUCGAAGUCCCUCGCGGAGAACAAGAACACACGUCCGAGCGAUGUCAAGACAACUUGGGCCUACCUGGUACCCAGGCUCGUCCCCCCCCGUGAUGUGGUCGCACUGGGUCCUGGACACCGAGCCGAUCUGACCUUUCGUCCGGCCCGAAUGUGGCACGCCUCGGCGAACUGGUCCCGCCGGGCCCGCAGAGACUCCGCGCGCACGGCGCUCCCCGCCGCCGCCGACCGCAGCACGUCCGCGGCCGAGGCCGCGGCCCCGCGGUGGCCGGGGGAGUCCCGGGUACGGCUGCGCCCUUGGAGCAGACCACUGGACGCCCUGGGCCGAUUAGCAGAAUGUGGAGGAGGAGGAGGAGGAGGAGGCGCCACCGGCCGCCCGGCGGCGGCGCCAUCUGCUCUGCAGGGCCCGCGGCUCUGCUCCGAGCCCCGCCGCGGAUGGGCCGGCCCGGCUCCUACAUUCGGCGCGGCCUGGGGCCCAGCUGGCUCGGACCCGCCCCUUUCCGACCUCGCGGCU